AGAGGUGGGGGCCUCUAAGCAACCUCAAGGAGCUGUCAGCGUUUGAGGGAGCGUCGUCCAACUUCUCCUAGUGGACUAUCCUCGUAUCUCCCCGAGGGAACAUUCACGAAUCCUACGAAUAAUGUAAGCGAAGGUUUUGUUGAGGAAAAUUUUCCAUUUCUUUCUCUACAACUCUCCCCGAUUCCUCGGGAACCGGAUAGAGUUUUGAAGAAAGGACGCACUUGGGUGAUGCUCCCUUAGAGCGCGCUUACCUCGCACCCCCUCCUUCCCCCGCGACGCUACUCCUGGGGCUGAGAACUACAGGUCCCAGCAUGCACCGAAAUAUUGUGGUAUGGAAAGUUACCUAGGAGAAUUGUGCCUUUCCUCUCAAAGAGAGUAAAGAGCGCCUGCGCGAAGGCGGAACCUGGGGUUUGGAGGUCGGAGGUCAGAGUGUAUUUGUGGCGGGAACUAAGGCGCUCCGGCUGGAAACCUGGCUCUCCCCUGAAGCGAAGAGGCAAGGAGGGAAGGAAUGAGGCUGGAAAGAGACUGAAGGGACCAAGAAGAAGCUGAGAAGGCCAAUGUGGUGACAGGGUGUGCACAUAUCUUGAGAGAAAGGGCUUAUGGCUACCUUCUUUCUGUGACCUAUGUCUUCUCAUGGCUCCUGUGAAGAUCAGUCACGUGGUGUCGUUCUCCUCUCAGGACUCCAGGUACCCUGUGGAAAACCUGCUGGACUCAAAUGAACCAAUAAGACCUUGGCUCAGCUCCCCUCGGGACCACAGUGGGCAGCUCAAAGUGGAGCUACAACUAGAACGAGCUGUGCCCAUCAGUUAUAUUGAUGUGGGGAACUGUGGCUGCGCUUUCUUACAAGUGGAUGUGGGACGUUCCUCCUGGCCUCCAGGCAGGCCUUUUCUGACCUUGCUUCCCAUGGCCACACUGAUGUCACCUGCUGACUCUAAACUGGGAAAGAACCGUUCUGGGGUCCGCAUGUUUAAAGAUGGAGAUUUCCUGGCCCCAGCAGUAGAUGAGAGUUGGGAUAGGCUUCGAGUGACCUGCAGCCAGCCUUUCAGCCGUCAGCAGCCCUUUGGUCUCAUGUUCCUUCGUGUGCGUUCUUUGCUGGAAUCCAGAGAAGCCCCUGAGAGUCCUCAAGCACCUGACUACAGCCAGGUGGAGCCUUCUGUACAAGUGCCUGAAGCCAGCCCUUGGCUUGCCAGCCCUGCCAUCCGGAGAACAUUCUUCCCAGAUCCACAACCGAGCCAUGGACGAGUGACUGAGCUCAGAAACCGCCUACAGCAGCUGCAGCCUGGGGCUUUGGGGCGCUCAGCCCACAUGGUACUGUCUGCUGCCUGCCGGGCCCUUCCAUCUACCUCAAAGAGGUGUCACCAAGGAGAACCAUCAACCAACCACACAGACAGCCCAGAUGUCCCUGAAGCUGAGGAACUGGGGCCACGGGAGCAGAAUUCAGAGAAUGAAUCAAGGACAAAGAGACGGAAGCUACCAAACCCAAAGAGAAGGCCUCCAGCUGCUGCAGGUCCUCGGCAGUGCAGGAAGAUGAAGCCACGACGUCAACAGGCCCCCCAGCCACAAACGGGCAGUGACCCCAGUCCGGAGAGUGGACGGUGCCCCAUCUGUGCCGGGUCCUUCACCUUUAAAGACCUUCCCCUCCAUGCUGCCACCUGUGGAGAGAGCUCUCCGCCUCAUCCAGGCUCACCCUCUUCCUCAUCUUCCUCCUCAUUGUCCCCAUCUUGGACUCCAUCUUCAUUGCACCCUGAGCCCUCUCUGGAGAGCACACCACCACCCCCCUGGGUGCAGUGCCCCAUCUGCCAGUGCUAUUUCCCAGUGAGGGAGGUGGCAUGGCAUGCCAGCAGGUGUGGGGAACCCCCUGAGAGUUCUUGGAUGAGCCUGGACUAGACCUCGCCCCACAUGCUUUGAUUUCCUACACCCAGCCAUUCUGCUAAAUUCCAGGAAGGUGGAGGUACAAACUACAAGAUAAGCCCUUGAGUUUAGGGGUCCCAGCCCUCCCCCCACUUCCAUUUUUAUUUUACCCUUGGUUAUGGAAAAGCAUGAAAUGGCAGAACUUAAGGCCUGUGGGAUUGCUGAUAACAUUAGGCUCAGCUUCAUUAUUAUUCUGGGUUGCCAUGACAAUUGUUGCCAGGAUACUCCGCUCUCUGCCAACGUUCUGCCUCUCUCCCAGGGAAGUCAAUUUAGAUUAAUGGAUAAACAGACUUGGGCUAUGGUGUUCUGCCUCGUGCCCCCCUCCCCCCUGGUAGCAGGAAAGGAACUCAGCCUUGUUUGAAAUGAUUCUACAAUGCGGCAGAACAUGUACUGCAAUAUUAACCCUGCGUUUGCCAUGGGAGGCAAGGGAGGAGAAAACAGUGAAGAUGUUUUUUAUGCAAAAACUUCUGGUUCUCUGGGGAGCUGGCCAAGAUGCCUUUUAAUUAGUGGUCUGACUGUGUGACCUGAGUAACUCAUGAAACCUAUUGGAUCUCAGUUUGCUCAUUUUUAACUAAGGGAUUAUAAAAUCUGCACAUCUCAGUAUUGCAGGCUUUUUGCAGGUACCCUGCAAGUUAUGUCAUAGUCUGAAAACUGAUUUGUAAACAAUAGACAGUAAUCUUCACAAAGUAUUAGAGACAGACUUGGAGAAAGCUUCCCUCUUUUGCCUCCAGUAGCCUAAUGGGACAAGGGGAUGAUAGAAUAGAAAGAACUAUGAGGAGGAGAGACCCCACAAGGAGAAGCAGCAGCAGUGGGGAAUGGGCUCCCCUUCCCCUCCCUCAGGCCCAUACUGAGAUAAAAACAGCUGGACAUUGAGCCACAUGGGUGUCUCUAGGAAGGUCAACAUGCUGAAGCAAGUAUAGAAAAGAGCAACCAAGAUGCAGAGAGGCUUGGAAGUCUUCCCAUAUGAGCACUGGUUAAAGGCAAAACUAGGACCAAUGAUAGGAAGGUACAGAGAAAACAAGAUUCCAUUUAAUAAAAGGAAAAACAUUUUGAAAAUGGCAUUGUUUUCCUAAACUAAAAUGGAGUCUUUAAAGAUAUUGCAUUGCCCAUUACUAGUGGUCUUCCCAUAAAAGCUGAAUGACCACUUAUUGAGGAUUUGGGCACAAGUAGGAUUAAACAACCUCUAUGCUUGUGCUCAAAGGACCCAGCCAAGCUUCCUCCCAUCCUGCUGUUCUUCCCCAGUUGCUGUGCCAUGUUUGGCCUGCCCUCCUCUCCACCUCAAACUUGCUGUAAUACAUGUGUUUGAUCUCCAGGUCUCUGAGGGGCAAAGCUGGAGCAGAGAAUGGGGCGCAGCUGGUCUUGGCAGGGGGCAGGGCCCAGCCUAGGGCGGGGUCUGGGUGCAUAAGAAAGUGUUGGGCAUCCCAAAGGGAGCAAACAGAAAAAGAAGACCAGAAAGGUUUAAGCCAUGGAUUCUCUCACGGUAAGGAACUUUGCCACCGCCCCUUUCCAUGCCUUCAUUGAAGAUCUCAUGAAAUCUCAGCAUAGGGCCUGCUCUCCCAGAAAGAAAGUCAGCUACUAGACCAGAACUGAAAAUUUUUUGAUUAGAGAUUAGAGACCCUUUCAUCUUUUCAAUUUAGAGUUAGAGAGUGAAAAAACUAAGGACAAGAGGGGAUAUAGACUAGAAAUGUUGGAGUCUUGUCUGGGGGAAGGUAUUGGAGGGUUUGGAAAAGGACCCAGAGUAGCAAUCUCCAGAAGCUCUGGGCUACUGUAUACCUGUUUGUUUCAGCUUCAGGGAGGGUGCCUUGUACUGGGGGACUCAAGGGAUUCACUGGGGUAGAGGAGAAGCAGCUGGCAAGAAACAACAAAGUAGUUUCCCCACUAUUUCAACUUAUACUUGCUUGUCCCUAGAAAAGGGGCAGCUGCAGAGAUCAUUUCUGGCCUAGGCUCAUUCAGGGACUGGUGCCAGGAUUUAAAUUUUAACAGUGGAAGGCACCUUGGAGAGCAGAGCUUUGGAAGCCAGGAAUCUAAGCUCCUAGCCCAUUAUAUCAAGUAGCCAUCAAGGGAAGGAAGAGUUAGGCGGUCCUGUCAAUCUUUGUUCAUAGAACCUUCUGUAAUUUAGUUUAUCUCCCUCUCUUCCCAUGAGGCCCUUAGGUUGGGUUGAGUGUAAUACAGAGAUACAUAGAGCUGGGCAUGGUGGUGCAUACCUGUAACCUUGCCAAGGAUUCUGAGGCUGGUGGAUCUUGAACUUGUUAGUUCUGAAUAGCAGGUAUACUAUAUAGCAACACAGCAGGGCUAUGCUGUUGGGUGCUCCCACUCCACUAAGUUUGAUGCUAAUGUAGUGAUCCCUCAGGAGUUAGGGGGGAGGGAGCAUCAGGUUGCCUAAAGGAAAGCCUAGUUCAGAAAUAGGAGGUCAAAGCUUCUGGGUGGAUCACAAUGAAAUCAAGGGCUUCUGUAUGUGGCCCCUGAUUAAGAUAAGGAAACUUGGUCUUUAAAAAAAAAAAAAUUGUUUUUAAGCCACCAAAGUGCAUAGAGAGAUCUGAGCCCUGACUCAUAUCCUUUACAAAAUAAAACGUAAGAAGUCUUUAUUUAUA